AUGAGGCAACUGCAACCUCUGGUAAGUAGGUAUUAUUAUUAUCAUUGCCAUUACCAUUGUCUCUAUUAUUACACAACUAUAUAUUAAACAAAUUUCCAUUAUUAUUAUUAUUAUUAAUAUUAAUAGAACAAGAUUCUACAAUCGUUAUGUUUUAUCGAAACUCUCCUGGCAUCUUACUAUUACAUCAAUUUCAAAAACCUGGAUUUUGGAAAACCUGGAUUCUUUAUUUACGCAAUAUGUUCGCAAAUGGCUUGAGGUACCUAUUUCUGGAACGCUGAGUAACAUCUACAUAACCAGCGACAAAUUUGGUCUUAACAUCACCCCCCCCCCUCCCAUCAACUAAGUUUUUACAAUGCCAGGUAACAAUUCGGAAUACUUUAAAAUCAUCUCCUAAUGAAUCAAUAAUCCAUCUCUGGAAGUCAACAACUAAUCAUGCUAAUAUUCAAUACGACCAAUACAGUUCGACGAAGGAAGUGAUUAAGUCAUUUCGUGAUGUUCAAGAAGAUAAAUUAACAAACCAACUAACAUACCAAGGCUCAUUCUUUACCAGUGUAUUAAGAUUUUCCUUAACCCAAGUAAAUACGAUCUGGCAAGCCUGUCAGUCCAAAUUGCCUAAAAACAUUUUCAACUUUACCAUUCGUUAUAUAAACAAUUCGCUGCCAAUCCGUAAGAACCUUCAAAGAUGGGGGCUAUCCUCGUCUUCUGAAUGCUUGUUCUGCAUUAAUCCUGAAUCUCUAUUACACGUCGUCGCUGGUUGCAGUUCCUACCUCGAUCGAUUAUUACUUGGAGACAUGACUCAAUUCUAAAUUUCAUUGCUGAUAACCUUCCAUCAGAACAUAUCCGGACCAUUUAUGCUGAUACAUUGUCGUCAUUCUCUAAUCUUUCUACAAUCACUGGUGAUGAUUAUCGGCCUGAUUUACUAAUUUUGACGAAAGACAAUUGUCUGUAUAUUCUGGAAUUAACCGUUGGAUAUGAGACUAACCUCAGAAAUAACGUUAACAGGAAAUACUCCAAGUAUAAAGAUAUGAUUAUGGAACAAAAGAAAAAAGGUGUGUUUGACAAGGAAUCUUCUGGUUUUAUAGACAUGUUAGAACAUUUUAAUUUAGAUAAAGCUCAUGUAAUAUACGUUAUUAAAAUGAUUAUUAAUAUUGCAAUAAGGUCAACCUACUACAUAUUUUGUUGUCGAAAUAAGAACUGGGUGAAUCCGGACUUGAUGAAACUUUAAAAUUUUUAUUGUAUAAGUAUGUAUUUAGAGUAAUAGAGUAAAUUUAAUCGUGUACAUGUGUUAUAAAAUCAUUUAAUAGUAAUAUAUCAAGUUGCCAAUUGUAAAUUACCUGAUAUAGUGAGAUUUGCAGUUGUAAGUUUAGAAAAUUAAAUAAAGUUACCAUUAAUACUUAUAUAAUGUUCUGAUUGAGCUUUUUUAAUUUAGAUACGACCCACGCAUCCGAACCGUCAAAGAAAUUAUUACGAUCAACAGUAAACGCAUCAAGUAAAACAAAAUCAAAAUAUGUGUUGGCUCCUGUUUGCAUCAUUUGUAAGAAAAAGUCUCUUGUGACUGGAACAGUAAGUAAACGUAUUUAUACUGAUAAGCAUGUUAAGCAUAAUGAACAUGGUAACGAUGAUUUUUACCUAUUUGAUAGAACUCUCGAAAACGAAAGGAAAAACGGUUGGUGAGUGCAGAAACCAUUGACGGGGGAAGAUUGAGAGAAGCAGCUACGAGAAAAGGGGUCGAAAGUAUCCUUUUACAAAUUGCUGACAAGGACUGCGCGGCAUUAGAAGUAAACUACCACAGACGGUGUUAUCAACGAUACCCAAAUUUUGUAAGACGCACCGAUGUAACAAAAGACGAUGAUGAAGUUCGUGCUAAGUGCAAAUACGAGGAAUCCUUUAACUUUUUUUGUGAACGGUUUGUGAAAGAAAAAUUAAUUGACAACGAGGAGAUUUACUACAUGAAGAAAAUUGAAGCGGAAUUCGUCAGAACUGUUGCGACAAUCGAGAACUGCGAUGCAUCGGGCUAUAGGAGAUUUCGCUUGAAGGAGAGGUUGAUAAAAAGAUUUUCCCAGCUGGUUUUCCAGACACCGUAAUGAACGCAACAGAAGUGAGAUAUCAUCUAUGCUCAAAGUAUCUGUCAAGGUGUCGUGGCGGAAUAUUACUUAAAUGAAGAAAGUGAAACGUCGCAAAGUGAGAUGGAGAGUGAAGAUGAAGUCUUGGAUUACCUGUUGUUAAAGAACCACGAAAAGGUGACUACACUGAGAGAGGUUUAUGACAUGGCCGUAAAAACCACGGGGCAGCGGGGACUUGAGCCCCCCUAACUUUUCAGUAGUAGCAGAGGGCUGAGCUCCCUAUAAAUUAUAAUUUCUAAGUGAAUCUGGAAGUGAAUGCACAGUUGCAUAUGCACGUUUUGAGUUUGCUUUAUGAUCAUAAUAUUUUAUUGUAAAACACGAGAUGAAUAAUAAUGACAAUUGAUUAAUUCUAAGUGGUUACAUUAUCCAUGACAAACUGCGAAGAAUCAUAUUAUCCAUACUUUCCUGCAACUUCCCCAAUAUAUAGUUAAUUAAAUACACUUUCGCCCAUUUAGUACUACUAAAUUGUAAGCAAAUUGUAAAUUUCGACAUACUAAAACGCUGUUUUCUGGCCAUUUGAAUUCUGUCAAAACUUCCCCAAUGUCCAGGAAAUGGCAUUUCAGAGACUCUAAAUUUAAGGCCUUUAUUUAGGCCUUCCGCCCUCGUUCUCAGCCCCCCCCCCAAUAAAAAAGAGCUUCCUACGGCACUGCAUGCUUCUGUAAUAUGUUUGUGCGUAAAAUAUGCGUAUUUUUGUUUGUAAAUAGCGUCUUCAUUUUCCGGAUAGCAAACACCUUCGUGGCUAAUUCGUAGGCCAUGAAAUAUUCGGAAAUUUUUCUCGUCAAUCGGAAAUUUUUGGCCUACACCCACCCCCCCCCCAAACUAUACAUGCUAGCUACGGCCCAGAUUCUUAUUAUAGUAUUAUACUAUAUUAUUAUGUAUUGUAAAACGUUUUUUCUAUUUAGCUUCUCAGCACGUUCGGGGAAUCUUUCUAA